CUCUAACUCCUCCAUGGCCUCCUUCCAAUCCAAUAUUCCUCUCCUUUUCCUUCUCUCUUUGAUGGCCGCGGUGGCCUCAGCCUCUGGUGGUGAGUUCAAACUGGGAAAAGAGAACUCGACCCACCUCCAUUUCUACAUGCAUGACAUCCUUAGCCAACCCAACCCCACUGCCUUCCGGGUUGUGAAAGGGCCACUCAAAUUGCCAGCGUUGCCAAACUUCAACUUUGGAGAUAUUUUUGUGAUAGACGACCCACUGACCGAGGGGCCAAACUCUACGUCGAAGCUCGUCGGACGGGCCCAAGGCUCGUAUGUGUUUGCAUCCCAGGGUUCAGACGGAGCUCUGCUAUUGACAACCAACCUUGUGUUCAAGGAGGGGAAGUACAAUGGAAGCACGCUUUCCAUACUGUCGAGGGAUUCUAUCUUUGCACCGGUGAGGGAGUUGCCGGUGGUCGGAGGGACCGGCAUCUUCCGUCUGGCUCGAGGCUAUGCUCUCUUGAAGACCUUCUCAUUCAACACCACCUCGGGUGAUGCUGUUUUGGAGUUGGAUGUUUAUGUCAUGCACCAUUGAUUGAUAUGCCAUUGCUUGUUGUUCUCUCUUGUUGGUUUUCUUUGUUCUUGGAUUGAGUCCUUGAUGUCAUAUUGUUCUUUCCAAUAAUCGUUAUUACUCACUUGGAUAUUUGUGAUGUUAUGAUACUUUUGUUAUUCAUUUCAAUCCAGCGUUUGUGUUCAUGAUAGAUGUUGUUGCGCAAGAUAAUAUUGUAGCUUGCAAAGAAAAUGCA